CGUAACUACACUCCACCACCAUCUUUUUAAGGAAUUCUCGCCUCAUAGUCAUAUCUUUCUUCGUCAACGCGACCCAGAUGUCGAGCGCACUGGAAGCCUACGGACUGGGCCCCGAGACUAUACGAUUCCUCGAUCCUCCGGCUCGCCUUUUCUCAAUUCUCGAUUUCAAGAAUAGCGACGAUGUGAAUCGCUGGGGAGAUACCGCAGAAGAUACUAGGGAGGCGACGGUUGCCCUUGCAGUGACAGCAAUUGAUGGCUCACAGAUCUGGAGACGUCUCGUGCAGCACGGUCUUGCGGAGAAACUAUGCAAAGCUAGUCUCGAGUGCCGUAGCGACGGGAGCUCUAUCGUUUGGGAUACAGGGGUUCUCAUGCCCUUAACCACUUUUGAUACUCCUCUCCGUAUCGGAGAUCCAUCUAGCCCAACUACAAAAAGCAUAAUGGAUACAUUAAAAAGAUACUGGCGUCCUAUAACCCAGAGGAUCUGGAAAGAGCCAUCUUUACUAUUCUCGCUGAAGGAGGGCCAGCAUAGCUUUGUUCAAAGGACGACAUUGCCCAACGCAUUCCGUUCUUUAGUGAAGGAUAGCACCUUCGUCGCCUCGUUGGACGACGAAGAUGACGUCACGCUUUCGCUUUUCGUCAAGAUAUGGUGGUAUUGUACCACCGAAGUCGACAACUCGUUCGUCAUGCAGGCCGUCCACUGGUUUCUGAGACAUACGAACGAGUCUCCAAUCUCUGUGCAGUCUCCUUCAAGUAUAACGACAAGUUUACUAUAUCGGAUCGUGCGCGGCCUCCACCCAGCCUCGUUAUCCGAGUGCACCCAAUUUUUUGCUCGCCUUCUCCGCAUCAAGGGCCGGACUUCGGGAGAAGUUGAUGCAGUGCUCAAGGAGCUCACCUGGGUCGUACAAAAGGACAUAGUCGUACGACCCUCCGACGACGAAAAGUGGAUGGCUCCUCUUGCCUCGGGGCAGAUGAAGCCACGUGAGGCCGCUCUGUUGAGAGCAGGAGAUUCAGCGUGGCCACAGCCUUCUCCAUGCCCUACCGAUCCCAGGGCUCGCUUCUUUCGAAGUGCAUUGCCGCUGCACGAGCGUGCCACGCAUUGUGCUUUAUUCCGUGCCAUGAUGCUGACGGAACCCUACUGGUCGUUUCAAUUCAAUCUCGUCCGGGCUGGUGAAGAGAGCGAUGGUUUUACAUUUGAAAAUACACUCUUCAUGUUCUAUUCAUCAAUGCUGAGUUCCGAGCCAGGAUACGAGGGGGCGGAUCUCGUGCGUCUGGUCACUGCUUGGCUGAAUGCGGGACUCUUUGACACUCUCGACGCGCUCUAUCCGGGUAACAAGACGUCCGAGAGAGGGCUUAUCUACCAUCUGUUCCGUGCGCUACGACUCGUCUUGAAGGCGAAAUCGCUCUCACACAGCGAGCGAAACGGUUUGUCCAUUCCUACGAAGCCUCCACCGGCACAUCUCCUUCGCUCUGCCCUCGAUUUCGACAUCGACAACUCGAAAGAUCUUGCGAAAAACAAACCUCGACUCGGCCAGACUGUACAGAUCAAGCUGCCUCCGAUGAGCUCUCCGCCAAGCAUGUCCAACUACGAGGGAGGUAGAAGGUGGUUGUGGGUGGCGCUGUACAUUCUGCAGGCGAGAAAGGCGUCGGUGUGUAGGAGGCACGAGUGUGCGGAAGCGGGGAGGCUGAGAUGUAAGGCAUGUAAGACAAGGUAUUGUGGCGCUGAGUGUCAGAAGUUGGACUGGCGCGACCAUCGGCU